AUGUUGCGCUCGUCGACGCGCCACUUGGGAUGGCGGCGCCGAUGGUUUGGGUCGAUGGGUGAACGAGGAAGGUUCUUGCUGUCCUCGGACCAGCAGAAUGUCUUGGAUGAGCAGCGCAUGGCCACAUCUAGGAAGAUCGCGAUCAUCGAGGGAGAGCCGGGCACAGGAAAGAGCGUGUGUGCCGCGUCGUUUCUCCUGGAUGCUGGCAAUUUGCUGGUUCCAACGCUGGUGUUUGCACCUCCGUCCGAGUCGUCUUCUUCGUCUAUUCCGAUGCUUCGCCAUGUGCAGGACCAAGUGCCAUUGGGCUACCUAGAUGCGCAUCCCCACUUGCAAGUCCAAUCCUUCGCGCAAUGGUGCCAGACGUACAACGACGACGUCGGCAUCGCCUCCACUCAGAAGAUCAUGAACUACUCGGAAACGAGCGCGUUCGUCAUGCAGCACCUGGACGCGAUUCCGUACCCGCCGCUUCGAUCGACGUACAAGUCUCCUCCGAUGCUCCAUGGCGCCAUCAAGGACCUCCUGACGUUCUUCCGACACCUCGAACGCCAUGGCAUUUCCCCCCAAGAGUACUCUUAUUUCGUUCGUGGCCUAGACCCCAAUGCCUACACCAUGUCGCCCGACGUCUUUGCCGACUUUGCCGCCAAGCAGACCGACUUGAGCGCAUCUUAUGAGUCCUAUCGAGCACUGCUACUUCAGCACAACGUGAACACGUGGCACGGAUCCAUCUUGGACACCCUCGGCCACGUCGCGGAGCAUCUGUUCUACCUCCAUGCGGCGGCAACCUCGUUCGACCGCGUCCUCGUGGACGACCUGCACGCGAUGACACCCGCGAUGAUCAAGGUGCUCAGUCGUGUGGUUCUGGCUUCGGCCAAGCAGCGCUGCGUCGCGUUCACACGUCCCAGUGCCAACACUGUCACACUCCAACAAUGUAUGGAGGCAACCGAUAGUAGUAGUACUUCCCCACGAAUACCACUAGCAUGGAGCCAUACCAAGCUCACGGCAAACGUCCAGUGUGCGCCGUCCAUUGUACAAGCUGCGCUGGCCAUCCGUUCCUCGCCUUCCGGACCGAUUUCCCCUCCCAACUCUAGUAUUACAACCCAUAGCUUUACGUCCAUCUGCGACGAAGUGCAAUUCAUUGCAGACCACGUGGCCUCUAUCGAUCCCACCGAGACGGUGGCUGUUGUAUGUGCAGACCGCACAGACGUGCCGGUGAUUCUGGCGGCGCUGCGCAGCCGAGGCCUCCCGGACGUCCACUCGUUCGAGCCCGGGAACAUGUUCGAGCACGCAGCCGUCCAGAGCGCCCACGCACUUCUCCAAGCUCUCGCAAACCCGUCCACAUCGUCCAAGUACAUUUUCCGCCUGCUUCAGACUUCUCCGUGGCCUGUCCUUCCCACGACACUGGCUGCUCUCAUGGAAUGUCAGCGCAAACGCCACGUACCGCUCUUCGAUGUGCUCGUGCAAGCAGCAUCAGCAGCCGACCCUUCUUCCUCUCUGCCCUUCGCCCUGGAUGCCGCCAGUACGGCCGCCGUGCAGUCCUUUGUAACUGUGUUUUCGCACUUGCAGGAGCAAUCGAUGACGUCGACCUGCCUCGAGCUCCUGCACACGUUCUUCUCCAAGACGGGCCAGUUGGACUCGCUCCUGUCGCCGUCCUCGGAGGAUGACGCAGCGGCGUCGCAAGCGCUAGCCGCGUACUUUCAAGUCGUCGGCGAUGCCCAGCGCACGGCCAAAUCCGAGCACGUGCCGUUUGUGGCUCCGUAUCUGCAGCUGCUUUGGGAGAACGGUCGCAUGCUGAUGCCCAAGGAGGACGACGUUGAGGCAGGUCGGGUGCUCGUGCUGUCGAUCAGGACGGCGGAGGCGCGCCACUUUUCCGCCGACACGGUCGUGUUUGCCGGCAUGACGGACAAGGCGUUUCCAGGCCGAAAACCGCGCGAGUCGAGCCUCAUUUCGACGCUGCCGACGGCGCUGGUCGAGUCAAGUUGGACACAUGCGACAUCGUCUGUGACAAAGCGGAAGGAGUUCUUGGACACGUGCAAAGAGCGCCUGAGUCACUUGAUGCUGUGCGCCAAGACGAGGAUUGUGUUUACUGCAUCAGGGGACACUCCCAGUCGCAUUGUGGCCCCGUUGUGGCAAUCUCCGACUUUGCAUCCUGCCGCCUCCUCGUCGAAAACCAUCCACAAGGACGACCCGAAGCAUGGAAUGUACCCGUUGGAGCACAUUUCGUUCUCCCAGUUGGACGAGUACAUGCGAUGUCCGCACCGAUACUACCUGUCUCGCGUGCUCAAGAUCGAGCCGUCCAACGCCCCAGGCCUGGUGUACGGGCGAAGUCUUCAUGAGGGUAUUGCAGCGUGGAGUCUGGCUGCACCAUCUCCACAUGCCAUCGAGACUGCGAUGACCGCACUCACGUCAACCUGGGAAUCGGGGUGCUUUCGAUCCAAGGACGAAGAGGAGCUGCUGAUGACACAAGCCACAGACACCCUGCUGUCGUUUAUCGCGUUUGAAACAUCAAGUCCUCGGGGUCACAUUCGCGCGGUCGAGUUGCCCUUUGACGUUGAUCUUCCCGAAGCCAACGUUCGUCUCAAAGGAGUGUGGGAUCGCCUCGAAACAUCCCACGAUGACGGUGGCACGUACGUGGUCGAGUUCAAGUCCAACCUGAGCGACGGACCCCGCAACAACCAAACGCUAGCCGAAUCGAGUUUGCAACUUCAGUUGUACAUGCUAGCGUAUGCGCGUGUGUAUGGGGUGCCGCCGAGAGGAGGAGCGCUUCGGUCGCUCGAGACGUCCCACGGGCUCAACGACGAAGGAAUCGUCUUGUACGAUCCGAUGGACGACGAACGCAUCCUUCAAGUGGUCGUAGACACCGUGCAGAAGAUUCGCAGACGUGAAUUCGACGCCGUGCCAUCGUUCAUGGGCUGCGCGUACUGUCCCUUUGCCGACAUCUGCCCUUCCAAAUUGUGA